AUGAGGUACAAGUUCCCGCUCCUAGCCAUAGGCCUGGAGGUCGCCAUGAUCAUUUUAUUUGCAAAAUUUGUUCGAUAUGAGACAGGGUCACCUGUACCUCAGCAGCAAAACGCCACAAAAACGGACAGAUUCCUUCCAUUGUAUCCUCUAUUUCAAGAUGUGCAUGUGAUGAUAUUUGCUGGCUUUGGCUUUCUCAUGACCUUCCUGAAGAGAUAUGGCUUCAGUGGUGUGGGAUUCAACCUCCUGCUGGCUGCUCUCGGGCUCCAGUGGGGCUCUGUCGUACAGGGGCUGCUCCACAGCCGUGGCCAGGGAUUUGCCAUCGGAAUCCACAACAUGAUAAAUGCAGACUUCAGUACAGCCACAGUCCUGAUUUCUUUUGGAGCCGUCUUGGGAAAAACCAGCCCCAUCCAAAUGUUGAUCAUGACAAUUCUAGAAAUCGCUGUCUUCGCUGGCAAUGAGUAUCUGGUUGGUGAGAUAUUCAAGGCCUCCGAUAUUGGUGCAUCCAUGACAAUCCAUGCCUUUGGGGCUUACUUUGGCUUGGCUGUCGCUGGCAUCUUAUACCGACCCGGCCUGAAAAAGGGGCAUUGGAAUGAAGAAUCUGUGUAUCACUCAGACUUGUUUGCAAUGAUUGGGACUGUUUUCUUAUGGGUAUUUUGGCCAAGCUUCAACUCAGCCAUUGCUGAACCUGGAGAGGCGCAGUACAGGGCCAUCGUCAACUCGUACUUCUCCCUCGCUGCCUGUGUGAUCACUGCCUAUGCUCUGUCCAGCCUGGUCCAGCACCAAGGCAAGCUCGACAUGGUGCACAUCCAGAAUGCCACGCUGGCCGGGGGCGUGGCGGUGGGCACCUGCGCGGACAUGGACAUCCAGCCGUACGUGUCCAUGAUCAUCGGGAGCACAGCGGGAAUCGUCUCUGUGCUUGGAUACAAGUUCCUGACUCCGCUGCUUGCUAAGCUGAUGAUCCAAGAUACAUGCGGUGUCCACAAUCUGCACGGCUUACCGGGUGUGAUGGGAGGCCUGGCCAGCAUUGUGGCCAUAGCCAUGAACAUGUCCAGCAAGUCCACCGUGGCCAUGCAGGCUGCCGCCCUGGGUUCUUCCAUUGGAACAGCGGUGGUUGGAGGUCUGAUGACAGGUUUAAUCCUAAGGAUACCUAUCUGGGACCAGGCACCUGAUCAAUACUGUUAUGAUGAUUCUGUUUACUGGGAGGUCCCUGAGCACAGAGAACUUGACGAUCGAUUCCCUGAGCCUGAGGACCACCGGCAGCAGAAACCUGAGGUCUAAAUCCCAUGCCUGCGCGCCCACUUCCCCACCAUCAAGAGUCAAGUUUAAAUAAACAAAAAGGGCAGCAUCCGGCGGCAUGCAAGCCACGGCGGAUACACGCGUGGUCUCAAAUAGCCAGCAGAAAAAAAUGUCUUUACAUCCUGUGCCAUUUCUUGACACUUGAAUAACUGUUUCAGUGCAGGGAUGUGAGUGGUUUCUAGAUGGUCAAAUGGUUCUUUUCUAGGACUUCAAGAGUAAUUUUGCCAGUGGGUAGUACAGAGUGAACAUCUGAUGCAUAUUCUCAAAAAUGUCCCCCAAAUAGACAGAUUUACAUAGAAAACAGUGCCUCCUAAGUGCACCCAUGUUUUAAUGUAUACAUCAGGUCUUUAAUCCAAAGACUCUAAAAAUAAGUUCAUGAAACAAUGUAUGCAAGAAAACUAUGUAAGGAAAAUAUAAAAAGAAAGAAUAGCACUUUUGUUACCACUUUUUUUAUUUUAAAACUGGUCAAGUUAGAAAUGUUAUACCUUUGCUUGAAUAUCCUCAUUCUGAAUUCCUUUUUGCAUACUUACUAUCUGAAAAAAUAGCACAAAUGCUACCUGACUAAACUCACUAAAGUCAUUUCAGGGUCAGGUGAUAGAGAAUGUCAAGCACAAAAAACAUUCUCUCUCUCUCUC